AUGGCUUCAAGUGUGGUUCCCCAACCUCUGGUAGCAGAACUGUCAUGGAAAACGCCCCCAGGUGAUGAGGUGUUGCAGCAACUCCACGCAGGCCUUUUGUCAAAGCUGCCCGACCUGCAGUCGCUGGUGAUCUUGGUCUCCGCCAAGGGCAAGCAGCGAAGCUAUCCUGCAGGUCAGGACUUUGUCGAUGAAGUGCUGCAGAUGAAGGGUCGCAGCGUCAAAUAUCGACAGCCAUUCGGACAAUUCUCCAAUCCCAACCCACACAUUGCCGUGGCCACGGCCGAGUGGUUGGGGGACGUGCUGCAGCAUUUUGCCGAGCCGACGGACCUCCUGGAGCUCUACUGUGGUUGUGGAAGUCACACCGUGGCGUUGGCACCGUUCUUCCGCCAGGUGUUGGCAGUGGAGAUCAACCGGCAUUUGGUGGAUGCUGCACAGCACAACGUGGCGCUCAACGGCUUGAGCAACGUCACGGUGCUGAGGGCUCCCUCAGAGGACUUCUGCCGCCGCGUGCUGCGCACGCGCGGCUACGAGCUGCGCGGCGCGGCGGCCAAGGCCGUGGGCGCGGAGGAGACGUUGGCGUUGAGCUUCCGAUGCACGGUGGUGGACCCUCCACGAGCUGGCUUGGAUCCUGUGACGCUGGAAGCCGUUUCAGGAUAUGAACAUCUUCUCUACGUUUCUUGCAAUCCCUUGGCAUUGAAGUCCAACCUGGAGGUGCUCUUGAAGAGCCACGAGUUGUGUCGCAUGGUGCUGUUGGAUCACUUCCCUUGCAGCGCCCAUGUGGAGAUGGCCGUGCACCUCAAAAAAAAGUCGUAA